CAGCCAUUCAAUAAAUCUAGUGACAUUGAAGUGAUCAGUUGACAUGCUCAGAAAAAUGCUGCAGUCAAUUCUUGCUGCUGGGGGUCCUGACACUGGAUGGGGUAUUACAACCGAUAUAUACAAUCAGCUGCAAGAGAGAAGAAUCACAACAGUCACGGUUGACCCAGAUCCUGACCCAGAGAAGAAUCACAAGUGGGAUGAUAUUUCUCGCGCUCUGCGGAGGGCAAUUGAAGAAUCAAGGUGUGCAAUUGUUGUUCUGUCGGAAAACUAUGCUCAUUCUACUUGGUGUUUGGAGGAACUUACAAAGAUCUGUGAGUGCAUGGAAGAAAACAACAGAAUAUUUCCACUUUUCUAUAAUGUGGAACCCUCUGAUGUAAGAUCUCAAAGGGGGAGUUUUGCAGAAGCUUUAGCCAAGCAAGAGUAUGAAUUAGAGAAGGUGAGGCAGUGGAGAGCUGCUUUAACAAAAGUGGGCAGUUUGUCCGGGUGGCAUACACUGGAUUACAAGUCUGAGAGAGAUCUUGUCGAAGCCAUUAUGAAAUCUAUGUGGAGUAAAGUAAAACAACGGGUUGUGGAAAUCAACACGGGUGGUUUUGAAGUAUUUGAAGCAACAAGACAAGCCAUGGACGAGGUUAUGAAUGCGCUAAAUGAUGACAAGGUCACUGCUGUUGGGGUCUACGGCAUGGGAGGCGUUGGAAAGACAAUCAUGGUGGAACAUGUCAGUCAACAAGCUCAGAAUACUGGCCUUUUUGAUCAUGUGAUUAUGGUUGUUGUUACCCAAAGCCCUGACUUGAGAAAAAUUCAAGGCAUGUUGGCAGAUCAGUUGGGCGUCGGAUUGCAGGAAACUACAGUGAGAAAAAUUCAAGGCACAUUGGCAAAUCAGUUUGGCACAUUUGCAGAUCAGUUCGGCAUCAAAUUGGAGGAAAGUACACAAAGUUCAAGGGCAGCAAGACUGAGUAAGGAGAUAAUGAGGAGAAAUAAGAUCCUUAUAAUCUUAGACGACAUUUGGGAGAGAAUCGAUUUGUCAAGAAUAGGAAUACCAAGCUACAAGGAACUUCAAAAUUGUAAUUCCAAAGUCCUACUCACCACAAGGAUAAGGAAUGUGUGUCAUGUCAUGGGGUGCCAAGAAAAUAUCACCCUCAGCACCCUAUCAGAAGAAGAUUCUUGGACCUUAUUUGUGAGAAAUGCAGGAAGGUUUUCUGAAUCUACUAAAUUCGAGGAUGUAGCGAGGAAGGUGGCUAGAGAAUGUGCUGGUCUCCCAAUUGCGGUGAUAAAAGUUGCAAGGGCACUUGGAAAUAAAUUCCUGGCGGAAUGGAAAGAAGCAGCUCAACGACUAGAGAAGUCACAAACUGCCAACCCUGAUCAUGGAGAAGAUGCAUUCAGAUGUAUAAAGUUGAGCUAUGAUUACCUGAAAGAAGAAGAUUCCAAGUCAUGCUUCUUGCUUUGUUGCCUAUUUCCAGAAGACUAUGACAUCCCAAUAGAAGACUUGUUCAAGUAUGCAAUCGGGAAAGGAUUCUUUCGACGUGCCAAAACAAUUGAAGAAGCCAGAGGAACAGCAGAUUCAGUGGUCAGGUACCUGAAAGAUUCUAGCUUGCUUUUGGAUAGUGAAAAAAAGGGAUGUGUAAGGAUGCAUGAUGUCAUCCGGGAUACGGCCCUGAAUAUUGCAAAAUCUGAAGAUGGGCAUGGGUUUUUGGUAAAAGCUGGCUGUGGUUUACAGGAUUGGCCACGUCAAUUACAUGAAGGUUACUCUGCAGUCUCACUAAUGGAGAAUGAUAUUAGCAAGCUACCCGAAGAAGAGUUGGUAUGUCCAAAACUCAAGAUUUUAUUACUACAGGGGAAUAAUCAUCUAGAAGAGAUUCCAGAAGCUUUUUUCCAAAGUAGUAAUGCACUGAUGGUCUUAGACCUUAGCCACACUAGUAUUACAUCACUUCCCCAAUCAUUCAGUCUCCUAACAAACCUUCAAGCUUUGUAUUUUGAAUCUUGCCCCAUGAUUGACUUUUCUAACCUGAGGACACUGAAGAAGCUUGAGAUUCUGAGUAUGAGAGGAAAUGUGAUCAGAGAAUUGUCGAGAGAAAUUGGGAAUUUGACCAAUCUAAGGAUGUUGGACAUUACCGGUGGACUUAUUGGCAAAAUUCCACCUAAAGUAAUCUCAGAGUUGCAUAGAUUAGAAGAACUGUACAUGGAUUGUGGAUUUUGGGAGUGGGGCAGUAAAGUUGAGGAAGAAGGAGAAGAAACUAUUGGCUUUCAUGAGGUAACUGGCUUAUUAUAUUUAAACAUUUUGAAGAUUUGCAUGUCUGAUGCAAAAUGCAUCCCUAAAAAAGUUGAGUUCAAUCCCAAUUGGGUUUACUUUGAUAUUUGCAUCAGUGGAGACAAAAGCACCAAAAACAUAGUUAGAGACCUAAGCAAUCAAAUCCCUGAGUAUGGUUGUAAUUCAAGAUCCUUGAUUCUUGACACAACUAUCAGUAACCUACCAGAUUGGUUUGUCAAUGUGGUGACAAAGAACACAGAGAAGCUAUACUACAUAAAGAAUCAGGAUCUAAAUAACAUUCUUGUGGAAUAUCACCAUGGAAGGUUACAUAGUCUGAAGCAUCUCUCUGUUAUUGGUCCCAAUGAUGGCUUGAAAGAGUUGAUGAACGGAAUAACAUGGGUUCCAAGUACACCUGUGUUUGAGAACUUGGAAGAGUUGCAUAUAGAGAGAGUGGAUUGCCUGGAAGAGUUAUGCGUUGGUGAAUUACCAGCUGGGUCUCUAGUCAAUCUGAAGUUAUUGAAGGUCCAUUAUUGUCCCAACUUGGGAAAUGUACUUUUACCAACAACGUUGUUAAAGAGUUUGCCAAAUUUGGAGAAUCUAAUCUGUAAGGAUAUACCUAGAAUGAAAUAUGUGUUUGGAUCUGAAGGGUCUGAGCAGCAAUCAAGAUUGAGAGAGAUGAUAUUCUUCAAUUUAUCUGCCGUAAGAAGCAUAUGUAAUGGUCCUGCUCGACAAGCAAUGUUCCAGAAUCUUAAAAGUUUGUUCAUCUACCGUUGCAACUUUCUAGGAGGCCUCUUCUCGUUUGAUGCUGCUCAAUUUCUAUUUCAAUUGGAAGACCUUUUUGUAGACAAUUGUCCUUUACUGGAAAGACUAAUUGAAGUAAGCAAAGAAACAGUGAGUGACAAGAAGACUGUUCUUCCAAAAUUGAAGAACUUAGGUCUGGAGAAACUUCCUAGGUUGUACGGUGGAAGUGGUACUAUUGAUAUCGACUGUCCUUCAUUGAAACACUUGAGUGUGAAGGACUGCCCCCAGUUUUCAGCCUUUGCUUCCGACUUCCAGAGCUGGAACCAAGUGCAACUCAAUGAUAAGUUAUAUUACUUUUUUUUUUUUUUUUGA